AGCGCCCAACCCUCGCACAGAGAGGGUGUACGGCACGCUCCCGUAUAACUGUCGAUGUUUCACUUGUUUUCCGAACAUAAUUGAAUAUCGAAGUCGAGAUUUGAAUUCAGAAACUUAUUUUUAUUUUUUUAUUUAGUGAGGUUUUAUUAUGUAUCGCCAAGGAGGUUCAACGAAGGAGUUUUGGAUGCAGUUGCAGUGUUUAAGAGUGAUGCAGCUGGUGUUGUGUGUGUGAAUCAUGGAUGAAUUUUGUAUUGUAUUUUGGAAGACGGCGAUAUGACGGCCCAGGAGAGAAGCAAUAUUUUCUCCGAUGAUGACGAGGACUUGCGGCCGCGGCAGCAGAGCCUCGGCGGGGUCCUAAGACGAGAAGGCAACUGGAAAUGCUUCAUGCUAACCCUGAUGAUAGCUGGUUGUCUUGGCUCCGUCGCCUGGUGCAACACCGCAGAAAUUGAUAGAGACCUCAUUGAUUUCAGCAAUUUUGUGUCCGUCAGGCAUCCGAUAAAGCGGACGGUGCGGGAGUCGCCGUGUGACGUAGGAUACGCCUACAUCCCCAUCGCGUUCGUCCUGCUGCUGUACUUGGUGUACCUGGUGGAAUGCUACCACAGCACGGCCAGGAUACAGCUGGCGAGGAGGGUGGAUGUGGCUGCCGUCAGCGCCAGGGUCCAUGCCAUGAGGAACGCUACGCCACGAGUUUGGUGGAAGGCAAUAUGCUACCAUUACGUGCGACGUAAGCGGCAAGUCACGCGAUACAGGAAUGGAGACGCCUAUACUACUACACAGGUAUAUUACGAGAGGGUAAAUACCCACAGUGCCAGUACAUCCUUCGCCCACGCCUGUUGUGGGCAGCGGGAUGCAUCCAGAAAUCUGGUUCUGGAUUCCAAGACGCCAAUCACAAAAGUACGCUUUAGCAAAGGUUUCGCUUUUGCCAAUAUUGAAGCGGCCAGUGAAUUUGAAGACCAAAGAUCAAGGUUCUUUGCUGAGCACGAAAGGUUCGACGACUUCAUGGAAAUGCGCGAGGGUUUGGACCUAAUCGGAGUCAGCUCAUUCAAAGAAUAUAUGGUAGCUUAUAGUCAUUUGUAUUACAGGGACGCUGACCGAUGUCCGUGGUACUCAUCUCAACUGCUUUUCUGGACCCUUUCUUGUCUCCUUCUCUCCUGGCCUCUACGUAUACUCAUAGAAUGUAAUACAGCUUAUGUACAUUAUACGAUUACGAAGAUAUUUGGAACGAAUUAUGAGUUAGAUCCCAGUAGGCAGUUAGAUAUUGACACUCACAUGUCAGAUACUUUGCCGCCAGUGACCGCCAACAACUACGCGUGGGCACUUGCUGAUGAGCAAAGUGCAGUGCUGUGUUCAGCUCCCCGUCCACCUCGAACCUUACCCCUCUCACACGCUUCCACUGUCGACAGUCUUGAACUGUUCGCUGCAAUACGUGGAAACUGUGCCUUAGUACCCUCUUAUUCUGAAGCUAUGCGAAUUGACGCAGCUCUUAGAGAAGAACCAGCAGCAGCAGCAGCUGCAGAAGGCAAUGCCGACAAUGAAGCGGCUGGAGUUGUUAUAGAUAUGGAGCCCGAAGCUCGAUCAUCUCCACUUAGGACAGCCAAAGCAGCCUCAUUUGACGAACCUCCACGAAGACCAAAAGUUACCAUCGCCACCACACAUUCCACACAUAAUAUUUCUGCGACAGCCAGAUCUAAUGAAGCAAAGCAACAAAACAGGCGCUCUUGGGCGGGAGUUCUCACAACCGCAAGAAGUGCGAGACAGAUCUUAGAAGAAUUCAGGUCAUCGAAUUCUCAAACAAGUUACGAACAAAUGCCAGAACCUCAAGUAAGUGAAAACGGAGAAACUACAUUAUAUUUCUCUAGAGAAUUAUCGCCAACUUGUUCGCGAGAUCCAUUUGGUGGUCGUGCACAAACUACGCCUACUGAUGAGCCGCCUUCUUACGAAGAGGCACUAAAAAUGCCUGCGCUGAGGAAAUUAACGAGGUCUAUUACGGGGACUAAUUUAGCCGGCUCCAGGCGCGCAUUCCUGCGAGAUGUGCUCACAAAUAGGAGGUCGUGUCUGGAGGGUGUCGGCGUGUUAGCAGGAACUAAGGUAGUUAGGUUGCCGUACAGCGAAUCCGGUGACGAGACGCCUCUAUAGCGCUUCAGUAAGGCCCGUGCAAUUACUGACUUUAUAUGGUGCAAUAAAAUGUUAUUAGGUACUUGAAUGGAGAGACUACCGUAUUGUGUGAAAUAGAUAGAGCAGUUAAUAGUGAUAGUGUUUGUACUAACGUGUUUAUACGCUUUGGAAUUGUAGGAAUAAUAUGAGGAAUGAGCUUGCAGAUGUAGUUACACAUGUACGUGGAAUUGACGGUGGAAUUCAAGUUUUUGUCAAGCUAUUAAGAUUCUGGAAGAGCCAUUUUGUCUCGACGAUGACGUAAAGUGGUAUACUGAUAUUUGGCUUAGAUUAAUGUUUAAUGCUCGUGUUCUAAGACAAAUGUGACUGGUCCCUUGCUAUUUAACACUAUUAUUAAGUAAAUUAUAUUAAAUCUACCUUUAGAUAGCGACUGAAUUAAUUGAAAAGCCUAUUUAAUCAUUUUAGUUUAUCUGUAAACUGUUUACUUUGUGUAAUAAAACCACUCGGAAAAUUUGAGAUUGUUCAAAAAAUAUUCCAAUAUUUCACUUGAAAUCUUUGAAAAGAGUAAACGACCAACAGUUUAAUGGCACAAUCGCUUUUAUUCUGAACAAAAAAGUAACACGAAAUGGACUGGCGAUGUUCUUUGUUCAAUGAAAUAGGUGUAUCCUAUUACAUAGGAUUAAAAGAACAAGAACCUCCUUUAAUUAACCCUACUGUGAAUUUUACACAGAAUUGUUUGUCAAGUAAUUGGAAAUUAUAUAUAAGUUUAUAUAUAAGUACAAUGUAGGUAUAAGGCAGUGCCUUAUAACAUUGUUAUAGUUUAAAGCUAUAUAAAUAUAUAUAAUUAUAUUGCAAUUACUGUAUGUACUGUAAAAAGUAAAUAUAACGCGAUGCGUAAGCUUUACCGCACCACUUAGAUAGAUAAUAUUAUAAGCUAACCAUUUUAUAUUCAAAAUUAUGUAGGUGCACUACUUAGCGCCGAGACACCGAUAAUUUUUAUUCAUAUAAGUCCGAUUCGUGAUACGAAAGUAAUUCUUGUCAUUAACAAAGACUACGUAUGUAUAUUUAAUGUUAGUAACUGUUUGCUUUUGACGAAUGAAUCGGAAUUUUCGAAGUUUUUUUCGCCUUUAGGCUUGAAGAUGCUGGAUGAAUAAAUAAUUACUUCGAUUAGUUGACAAGUGUCAGAUUGUUUGGACACGAAAUAAUGAAUUCCUUUGAUGUUCUGUUUAAAAUAUUCUGUUUUGUUUCUGUUUACAAGUCGUCUCACUCUGUUCUCUAUUAUGAAUACAUUCUGAGUACGAUCAAUCUUUUUACUUAUUUAUUUAAAAAAAUGUAUAAAUAAUUAAAUGGUAGGCAAUCGCCAAAGUGAUAUUAAUGUAAGUAGCUUAUUAGGGAGCUCGAUUCAAUUAAUAUGGCUUACCCAUGGAACCAAUUAAAGUAUUGUAUAUUUUAAUGUUUUUUAAUCAUAUUUAUGACCAUUUUAUUCAUUGAUAUUGGUAAACAAAUGUACAUUUAAACGUAAUUCAGUAAACAGAUAUCUUUAUUAUGUUACAUUUUGUGAAGCUUCGGUGAAACCUAAUAUAAUAUUCAUUUUAAAUAAAACCUCAUUCAUUUUAUAUCAAUUUAUAACAUCUCAUAAAUAUAAUAUUAAAGCAAAUUGUUUCAAUCAUAUUUUUUAACUCUGGCUGAUUAAAAUCUUUGCUAUAAAAAUAUGAAAUCUCAUAAUUAUGGAACCCGUCCAAAAAUAAUCUCGAAUGGAUAAAUAAAUUACAUUAUAAUAGCAUUUAAAUGCAUACAUAAAUAAUAAUUUGGAUAAACUUUUCUAUGGAUUUGAAAAGUUUCGCAGUAAAAAAAUUAAGCCCUGUAUAUUUUUUCAAAUGUAUUUAUUUGCAGAAUAAAAAUAAAUAAAAAUAAAUGCUUGUAAAUAAAUUAGGAAGUAAGGUUACGGAACAAAAUAAAUGAAUAAAUUAUAUAAAGUGCCAAUAAAGUCGUGUUAGUUUGUAGGGUACAAUGUUUUGAGUUAAACAUGGAACAGAUUCGGAGUUGCGAACUAAGUUUCGUGAGUACUACGGGAGCACGCCUCACAGAAUUGGAUUUCGCAAGUUCCCCGCGGUUUCUCUCCGAUCGCCAUGUUUGAAAACUCACUAGAAAUACCACUAUAAUAUUUAUGUAAAUUGUAUCCAACUCGAGGCGUACUUUCCUAGUACUAUUCCUGUUCCAUUAAAAUGCGCAUAAAAUAUUUUGGCUGUAUAAAAUACCAAUUUAUGUAUGUAGAUAUAUUUAAUGAAUACAUAAUAGUUUAAAUACAAUGCUUUUAUUGUAAAACAACGUUUUAUUGUAUAAUUGAGUACUGUUUAGUUGAUAACGCUAAUAAAAUGAAUAUUUUUGAUUGUAAACUAAUGAGCAAAUAAUAAAGUUUAUUAUUUUCAAUAAACUGUGUUACAAAUA